AUGAAAGAUUGGGUUGGGUUCGGGGAUGAUGAGCAUACAUCUUACCCGUCGGAUCCAUCUCGAUCCGCAUCCACCGUCCACCACUCUGUUCGUGAGGUGGAUUAUGCCAUCCUUACGAAGGCUACUGUGGUGAUACUCAUGUGUGGUUUUGAGCUCGAUGCAAUUGCGCAAGAAGUGGCUGUUACUCGUUCUUGGAUCUUCGGGGUAUCUCCGAUCAUAUCUUUGACAGGUUGUCACGUGUUCCGCUGUCGCGUGUUCCGAGUUCCGAAUGCGUCUUUACUAUGAGGAAUUUCUUGCGACUGUUGUACGAGUGCCUCGAUGUUUGUGAUGCAUCCUGGUUCUCACUCUCUUUCGUGGGUUGUGUCCACGAAGGCAACCAAUAAAACGUCUUAACCAUCUCUCCACGUUUGUCAACCGGGUCAGCCGUGCUAAUCCAGCAGCACUAGGCUUGGGGCCGAUCAACACUCUAGAGCCGGUGUAGAUGAUGACGGUAUGGUAAGGCAGGGAUGCCCGGGGCACCGCCCGCCGGGAGUACGACCGCGGCGAGCGGCGGAGGAGAGUCAUCGGGAGGGGCGCACACCCUUCCGGGCGCUGGGUUUUCGACGGAGCACGCGCCAAGUACCGGACGGGGACUCGAGGGAGCGAGAGGACUGCUAGGCCCAGCGCCACGAGCGCACACGCCAUCCGAGGGAGGUACCUCGCGAGAAGGCGCCCACAGCGAGCAGGCCGCAUGCUAUGCCACAUACUCACACGCCCGGAUCCCGCGCCUGAAACAACUGAGCUUUGAUGGCCAUGAGAAGAACUGACUCAUGUUCAAAAACGAGUUAACUACGCAGGUCCAAACAUGCGGAACGGAUCGUGCCUUGAAUGAUAGCAGGGACAUUGUGGUACAAGGUGUAGAUGAUGACGGUAUGGUAAGGCAGGGAGUGAGGAGAGAGGAGAUUGCCGUGUACCGAGAUCUGUGGGUAUUGCUGACCGAAGCGAUCUCAGAAUAUGCGACCAAGAUUAUGGUGUUUGGUUGCAAAGGACCCUCAGCAGCGUGGCGUGCGUUGGAAGAGACAUUUUCUCCGUUGACAGGCGGCGAGAAAAUAUCACUGAUGGCAAAGUUUUUCGACGCCCAAUAGGGGAAGAACCAGGAUCCACGAGUGUUCUAUCAGGAGUUCAAGUCCAUGGUGACCAGCCUAGAGUUGGCAUUUGAACAACCCAUCCCAAAGAUGCUCGUUUAUGCGCGAUUCCUCGACGCGCUUUCACCGGAAUUCGAAGUUCAAAAGC